GCAUAAACAGCUGAUCGCUCGUUGAAGACAAAGCGGCGUGAAUCGGAAAAGAAAUAAAAUCAAAGAAACAGCAUGCCGAUUACGUUCGUUGGUCUAUUCACUAUUUUAUUGGGUUUACAAACCCUUCACUGCCUGCCAACCAAUAGAGGGAAAAGCGACGGCGAUUCAAAUGAUAUUGAUGAUAAAACGAUAGCAACGGUCAAAUUGAUGAAGAAUAUUUUACAAAGUUUAAAUAUGAAGGCCGCUCCCGAAUUAUCCAAAGAACAAAAACAGGUUACUGAGAGAACAAGAGAGGAGCUUAAAAAAAGACUGGGAGUGGACGAUGCAGAAUUGGACAGGCGGUAUGAGACCGGCAAUAUUUUAGGAAAGUCACCAAAGCCAGUAUCGGCUCGGUCACUAAUCACAUCUGCAAGAGACGAGUUUCAGAUGAACGAGGUCUAUUACUUACAUCCUGAACCAAUGUCCGAAAAAGUUCAAUGGCACGCGACCAAGAGAGUGAUGAAAAACGCAAUUAACAUUCAAGUGUCAUUAAGGGAUCUACUGAAUGAGAAUAACUUGGUGCACCGUUUGACCAAAGUUAAAUUUGAACUUCCCAUCCGUAAGGUGAAGGCGCCACAUAUCCUUCAAAAUGGUGCUUGUGUCUUAGCAUUCAGAAUCGAUGAGAAUAAUCGGGUCAAUAUUAAAAAUAAUCUAUUUGCCUCUGGAAGAUAUAGUCAUAAUAAAAAGCGAGUAGCAUUUGAAGGAGUUACCAGUUUAAUGGAGAUGCUUAUUUCUGAUUUAUGGAAGGAAAAUGUAGAAAAUUUGAGAUUAUCUAUUAUAGUGAGCGCAAAGAAGGCACAUUGCCACGAUCGCCGACAUCUAAAACCGUACCACUUUACGAUUCCAUCCUUAAGACUCAAUACAGCGCUUAGAGUGUCCUUAAAACCUGAGACAGAAGAAGAUAGAACGCAUAGGCAAGUAAAUAUCACCAUUCCCGAACAAGGGAGACUAAGAGUAAGAAGAGAAACUGAAGGUGGAUGUGAUCCUUAUCGGCAUUGCUGCGUUUCAAGAUUCGUAUUGAACUUUACUGAAAUUGGCUGGGAUUAUAUUGUCGCACCUCGCCGAAUUCAUGCCGAUACCUGUCAGGGAGAGUGCACAGUUGAAAAUGUUGCUAUUAAACGACCAAGUGAAGUUAAGAUGCUAAGGACGGUAAACAUGUGCUGCGUUCCAACUCGUAUGGAACCUAUGACUAUUCUGUAUAUGACAACUAGCGAAAAUUUAGCGAUAAAGCAUGUAGCCGACGUUAAAACGUCUAGAUGUGGUUGUCGUUAGACAAAAACAGACAAAAAAUUACUACAAAAAUUCUUCCACCACUAUUUCUCCUUUAUCUCUUUCUAUCCUCUCUCUUUUUCUAUUUCCUUCCUUCUAUUUCUCUCUCUUUUUUUCUCUGUUUCUCUCUCUUGCUAUCUCAUUACCUUAAACCUCAUUUUACUUUAUUUAAGGAAGAAUUGUAAAAACAACGAUCAAUAUGCAUUUAGGACAAAUAACUAGCAAUUAUUCUAUAAACAAUUUUUUCAUCUAUUUUAAGCAUUUAAUGCGCAUGCUUCUUUUUUCUCUCUCUCUCCCUCUCUCUCUCUAAAGUAUUCUUUCUUAGUACUAUUUUUUUUUAUAUUUUAUCUCUCAGCCGACAGAAAAUAUUCACUUAUAUAAUAAUUAACUAAUUAAGUUUAACAAAUUAAACUAAAACUAGUUUUAAAAAUAAUAACCAUAAAAAAAAGUA